AUGCGUGUGAACAGGAAGCAGGGCGCUCUACUGCUGGCUGGCUACAUGACUUACGUGGUGAUGGGUGCCCUCGUCAUUGAGAUUCUGGAGAACGAUCACCACAAAAGACUAGAAGAAGCAACGUUUAAAAUGAAAGCACAAUUUUUUUCGAACUACACCCAACUCAGCCCAGAGGAGGUGGAGUUAUUCAUAGUGAAACUGGUAAAAGCUGUUCGGUUGGGAAUAGAUCCAGUAGGAAAGGAUCCUCAUGCUACACAUAGCAACUGGAAUUUCGCCAAUUCUUUCUUCUUCGUGGGAACUAUGUUAGCAACAAUAGGCUAUGGAAACCUCUGUCCCCAAACAGCAGAUGGUCAGAUUUUUUGUGUUAUUUUUGCUCUCGUUGGAAUCCCCUUCAACCUCAUCUGCUUGAACUAUAUUGGAUUCUUUGUCUCGAGAGUCUGUGAAUGCUGUGCAGCGAGAGUGUAUUGGUCGGAAGAUAAGAAAACAGCGAAGUAUCUUUUCUUCUACUUGGUUGUGGGAAUUCAAGCAUUUCUUAUUUUGCCUUCGUUUCUCUUUCAAUGGAUGGAGGGAUGGAAUUAUAGUGAAGCUGUCUAUUUUACAUUUAUUACACUCAGCACCAUUGGUUUUGGAGACUAUCUAAUAGGGAGGAACAAUAACAGAAAUUAUUUUAUGGGCUACCGGCUACUCGCAGCCACUUGGAUCGUCAUUGGUCUGGCCUGGAUAGCUGUGCUGUUUGACCUUGUAUCCUCAUUAUUGGAACCUCCGGCUCCUGUGGUGUGA